CUGCCCGUGGGGUCCCUGGCUCCAGUUCCUGGCUCCAGUCCCCGGUUCCAGUUCCCCUCCGAGACGCCUCGUAACUGACCGCUCCUCCAAACAACUACCAGAGAGUCCAGACCGUUGCUGCCAACUUCUAGCUCGCCUUUCCUGAUAACAGAAACCACAGUCAAGAUGGCUUCCGCGACCGUGAUCCCCGCCGGCGGCACCUUUGUCGAUACCCUCAAGAAGUCGUUCGUUGACGUGCCCGUCGACAAAGAGAAGGAUAAUGCCAUUGACACAGCUGCCUUCCUCGAUGCUGCCGAGUCCCUGACCACCAUCUUCGACCUGCUCGGCUCGGUCGCCUUCACCCCUGUCAAGAAUGACAUGCUGGGCAACGUCAAGAAAAUCCGUGACCGUCUCCUUGCCGCCCCCGCCGAGUCCGAGACGAUCCAGGAGCUGGUCCUGAACGAGCUCAAGACGAAGAAGCACGUCGCCACCGAGGGACUCCUGUGGCUUAUCCGCGGCCUCGAGUUCGUAUGCAUCGCCCUAAGCCAGAACUUGGCCCAGGCCACCACGGAGCUCGCCGACUCGUUCCGCACCGCCUAUAGCGAGACGCUCAAGCCGCACCACAGCUUCAUCGUGAAACCUGUCUUCAGCGCCGCCAUGAGCGCCGUGCCCUACCGCAAGGACUUCUACGCCAAGGUCGGUAGCGACGAGGAGAAGGUCAAGGCCGACCUGGGCGAGUACCUGGCCUCGCUCGACAAAAUUGUCGGCAUCCUCAAAGGUUUUCUUGACCGCAAGGAGGCCAAGUGGUAGAGCCGCGAGAGGAGGACACGAAAGCUAUAAGGGAAGGAGUAAAAUAUGAUCCCGGUCGGGGAUUCUGUCGGAAGGGCAGAUAAAAUCCGGCGCCGUCGGGCGGGAGUCCAUGCAUGAUGCAGAAGCAUAGACAGUGGAUAGAAACGACAACGUCUGCUUCGAUGAAAAUUCGGAAGAGAAUGAGAUCAUGUCCCUGAAUCCAUCCUAUGGGGGAAAGUCCACGGGGAGAUAGUCCCGUCUGGUGCAAUGAGUGAGAAGGGUGGUGGCAUACACUCGAUUACAUUCAGCUAAAGUGCCAUGCAAAAUGCGAGGGAUCUGUUUUACUGACACCACGGAGCAAGCAACCAAUCGCGAAAAGACACAAAUUAGAUUUUAUACUAUGGAGUCUGGGGAUAUAGAUGCUUGACUACAUCAACGUUGUGACAGUUACGAGCCAAUAUCCAC